AUGCCACCUCAAGUACUCUCACGGUCGCAGGGCGACUUUUUCCUGCGUGGCCUCACCUCGAAUCCACCGCAACGGUCCGAUGGACGGCAUCUUCUCGCCUUCCGAUCUCUCGACAUCGACACAGGAGUUGCUGCACAAGCCAACGGCUCAUCACAGAUCACGCUUGGCGGCACAGAGAUCUUCUGCGGCAUCAAAGCCGAAGUCAGCAGCUUCGGAGACGACAGCGACGACGAGGACGGCGAAGCAGAAUUCCAGACCCAGGACGAAUUGGACUUGGCGAGCGAAAGUAGAAAGACGGGCAGGAUCAAAUGCUCCGUAGACUACUCGCAGUCCCUUGUGCACUCCUUCGACAGCAAGGUGCUGGACUCGCUAUCGAUCUCGCUUUCUUCCAUGGUCAACUCGGCAUUCUCGCCGCGGUCGAGUCCUCUGCCAUUGCACCAACUGCUCAUCAUCGCCAAUGCUAAGCACUGGACAAUAUACAUAGAUCUCCUUGUCAACUCACUAUCAGGAGGCAAUCUCUUCGACGCCGCGUUCGCUGCGAUAUUCGCCGCGUUCUACGAUACGCGUGUGCCGGUGACUCGCGGCGUCGCUUUCGAGGCACCAGCGACAAUAGAUGAGUCGGGCAACGCGGUGCAGGGGGCUUUCGCGAAUGCGCAGGGCGACCUCGAUCAGAUGGGAAUCAAGGGCUUGCUCAAGAAGAAACCGAAAGGUAGCGCAGCUGCCACAUCAAAGAAGGGAUCGGGCUCCGACUCGAAAGUCGUCGACUUUGAGCUCGAGCACAGCGGCGAGGAUGGAGCGGCACUGGACGGACGACAGAAUCUGCCGCUCUGCAUCACGGUCAACAUUCUUCCCAACAGCUACCUGCUCGACGCCGAUGUAGACGAGGAAGCUUGUGUCGGCUCCCGCGUUCAAGUGCUGGCGACACGCACCUCGAAAGUGCUCUCGGUUCGCACAGAGGGAACAGAAGAGAUCUCCUUCAAGCGCGUCAGCGAGGCUAUCCGUAUUGGAAGCGUUCAAGCAGCUCGGCUGGCCGAAGCUUUGCUCACGCAAUUGUCGAGACAAGCCGAUGCGGACGAUCAAGACGAACAGGUUCAAGCUUCGGCACAUGGCUCGAUGGAUGUAGACGCAUAA